AUGGGGCAAGCAGACUUACGAAUACAUGAUUUGAGACAAAAUCCUGUAGUAAUUCUUCCAUUAGGACCAGCAAAGAUUAGUCAUAAUUAUUUGAGUAUUGACCAUCCCAUUGAGUUAGACCCCAUCGAAGAAGUUGUAAAUCACCUUUUCACAAAAGUUCAAGUAAUUGUAACGCAAGAUCAAAUAUUAAGUCCCAUGUUAAAAGCAAAAAUAGAGGAAGUUAUGUUAACGUUCAAAAAGCUUAGUCCAAAGAACAAUAUAACAAAACGAUGGGAUAGUUUAGGUAAGGCCUGGAAAUACAUUUCUGGGAGUUCUGACGCUGACGAUGUAAGAGCAAUCAAUUCGACAAUCAACAGUACUGUCAAAGAAGAAAAUAAGCAAAUUGAAAUAAAUACAGGAAUAGAUUCUAGAAUUAGGAAUACAACUAGAGCAAUUAACGUUCUGAUAUCCAAUCAGGGGAACCUGACAUCGAAGAUCAACGAAGGAUUCAAUUCAGUCAACUUGCUGUACAACAUAGGCGUGCUAACGCAGCAAAUCGAAACCAUCGAGGAAGCAAUAACUUUGGCCCGCUUCAACAUUCCUAGCAGUCGUUUAAUCAGCCUUACCGAACUAACCGUUGCACGAAAUUUCCUAAGAAAUCAAGGACUCGACGUGACUAUGGCAGAGCAAGUAUUGGAAAUCGCAAAAUCGUAUGUCGUUACCAUUAAAAACUCGAUUAAAUACACUCUGAGGAUCCCAAUGCUAGUAAACGAAAUCUUUAGCCUUUAUCAAGUCGAAUCAGUCAUUUCAAACGGAACUAGGAUUCACCUUCAAUAUAACUAUCAUUUGAACGGAACAACCUCAUACUCUUCGAAAACCAUUCAUCCCAACCACCGGGUUGAAGAUACUACAUAUGGCCAUAUCCAACAGUUGAACUUGACUACCGAGAGUACCCACGGCAAGAUAAAGUUUCUGCAUUGGCUAUCCUUCGGUUCAAUAUCGCUAACAUCGCUCUUGGCAAUCGGAAUUAUCGUCGUAUGGAUCAUCAAAAUAUUAUCCCGACGAAAGGCAACAAUAAUCAUCAAAGAGGACCAUUAA